GUGAUCCAAUCAGAAUUGUCCAUUUAAUGAAUUGCAGUUUAUGCUAUGUAGAGGUGUCUUUUGAUAAUCAAACAGUCGAGUGGGUCUGUGUAACAUUAUAAGAAAUCGUUUUGCUGUUCCGUUAUGGAGACCCCACAGAACUCUUUAAACAUCACCUUUCAGGACGAUAAAGAAAUACAGGAUUUGUUAAAACAACUCCAGGAUGCCAAAACCGAACUACAGCUUACUAUAGACGAGGUGGAGCAAGUAAACAAAGAUGUUAACAAAUGCAAAAAGGAGAUGGAUCGGAGGAUGAUGAUGAUGGUCCAGAUGGAUGAAGGCCUGUGGAAUGCAUUGCUUGAACUGGACACUCUGAUGCAGGAGAAGAAAAGCCUUGCCAGUCAGCAAGAAGAAUUAACUUUAUCUAGUACCAUAGAGUCAAAGCAAGCUCUUCUGAGAAGUUUGCAGGAAGAAGAAAGCAGCCUGCUGGAGCAGGAGUGUAAUCUGAAGCUCAAACGUGAACAGCUGAGGAAAGCACUGGCGGACGCUUCUGCAAACUCAGAGAAAGUUUCGCAGGGUGAGAAUCCAGUUAAACCAGGCUCAUCCAGCCAGAGUAAGUCUACCGAAAAGCCAGUGAGAAAAAGAGGAACACGGAAGUGAUCACAACAUCAAAAAAUGCUACUUUUAUUUUUUAUAUUUAGUACAACUAAGCUGCAAUAAACAUGGAAAAUAUGGUGAUUUUUGUGUAUUUUUUUUUUUUUUGUAUUUCAUACAAUUGAAAUGUUCAUUGGUAGCUAAACUCAAACAGAUGUGCUUAAGUUUUCAAACUUUAACCUGGAGGCACUUGGAAUUUCCAGGGUGAAAUUCAAAGAUAAUGUAAAAAAAAAAAAUAAAAUAGCCUAAAU